UGACGACCAAAUCAUAUGACCAAACCCUAAAUCCAAAAAAAACCCCAAUUUCUUCUAUCAAUUAAUCAAAAAUCUGUACAUAUAUAAUUUAAUAUAUCUAUUUUGUAUGGAAAUUGAAGAAGAAAUCGAUUGGAACAAUCUAUUAUCCUUGGAUGAUAAUCAUGAUUUUCAAACAAACAACAACAUCUCCUCUAUAAUCCUUCCACUAAAUCAUAAUAAUAAUAAUAUAAAUGAAUCGUUAGCUCCUCCGUUAUCUGUUGAUGAAAUAGAGCAGUUACUAUUUAACGACGAUAACGGACGAGAUGCGUUGAAUUAUGAUAUUGAUGAUGGUUUUUUUAAUGAUAUUUUCGUUGAUUCUCCGGUAGAGGCCGGGAAUUCCUCCGGUAGCGGCGGUGGCGAAGUUGUCGAUGUUUCCGAUGAUUCCGAAAACAAGAACGAAACUGUUGUUAAUGAUGAUGAUGAUGAUCCUCUUGCCAAAAAGCGUAAAAGGCAAUUGAGGAACAAAGACGCGGCUCUAAAAUCUCGAGAGAGGAAAAAAAUGUAUGUAAAGGAUCUUGAGAUGAAAAGUAGGUACUUUGAAGGGGAAUGCAGGCGAUUGGGGUCGUUGCUCCAAUGUGUCAUGGCAGAAAAUCAAGCACUGCGUUUUUCAUUGCAUAGUACCAGUAGUAUUAAGGCAUUCAAUGCUUCCAUGACCAAGCAGGAGUCUGCUGUGCUCUUCUUGGAAUCCCUGCUGUUGGGUUCCCUGCUUUGGUUGAUGGGCAUAGUUUGUCAGCUGGUCGUCCUUCCAAGCCUGCACCAGCAAAGCCAACUGGUAACCGUGGUAGAAGAAAAUCUACCAAAGGUGGCUCUAAGGAAGGAGGGAAGUAAAAUGUAUAGGCUGACCCUUUUGGUGGGUAAACGAUUCAAAGCGUCCCGCUCGAGAAUGAGACUGAACCUGCAUUCUCUACGAGUUGUAAGGAACAUCCUAGCUGUUUUUUGAUUUUUUUUUUUUUUUCUUUCUUUGUGAUUGUUCUUUUCCUUUAACCCCGCCUUCUUAAAUAAGACGAUAGCGGCUGAGACUUUAAUCACAAAACUUUGUACUAGUCUUUUGGUCAUGUAUGGCUGACAUCACCUUAUUUUCUUCUUUGUGGAUA